AUGGGCAUUCCGAUUUUAGGAGAGUCUUUGCAAUUCCUUCAUAAAAAGGCAAAAUUCUUUGAGGAGAAAAGAAAAGAGCAUGGCAAUAUUUACAAGACGCACUUGUUUGGAAGACCAACAAUUCGCAUAUCAGGAAAGAAAAACCUGGAAAAAUUAUUUGCAGCCGAAAACAAACUUCUCCAAUCAUUGGGAUUUUUUUUAUUUCAGGCGUGCAAGGCAAAAGAGGAACUAAAGAAUUUGUUCUUAAAGAGAAUAAAGGAAGAUGGAAAGAGCUGUUCGCAACAGUUUCCAGCUGUACUGGAAAAAUUCUGCAAAUCUCAAAAUUCAGAAUUUGACAAUGACGAUUUGUUAAAUGGCAUUUUUGAACUGAUAUUUAAUGCUGGAGAGACGACCAGUACGUCGGCCAUGUGUGCACUUAUCCAUUUAUCCAAACAUCCAGAAGUUCUUGAAAAGCUUCGACAAGAACUAUCGAACGUUGACCUUUUAGCUCCUCCCGAAGAAAAUAACAAUAGCGAGGUAGAGGUUACGGCAGAAAUCUUCAGCAAACUUCCAUAUUUGGAUUGUGUUUACAAAGAACUACUUCGGGUGACUCCGGCGGUGGGCGGGGCUUACAGGAGAGUCUUAAAGACCUUUGAACUCGAGGGAUACACUAUUCCUGAAGGUUGGACGGUGGUUCUUGGAAUUCGAGACACACACGAACUGGACAGUAAUUUGGAUGACCCUUUAACCUUUAACCCUGACCGAUGGAUGCAGGCCGAUUCUUCUAAGAUAUCCUUCUUUCCAUUCGCCAGUGGACCUCGGAGAUGUCCCGGAAAAGGAUAUGCGCAUCUAAUUUUAAAACUGUUCAUAAUCAAAUUGUGUCAGCAGUGUAACUGGACAUUAUCGGAACCCAAUCCGGAAAUGGUUGCCAUGCCAACACCUCGACCAAAAAACAAACUUAUGUGCAGUUUCAAUCAACGAGAGUAUAAUAAGGAAUAAAGACAAGUAAAUAGCCCAGGUUUCUCAAUUUUGGUCGCAAAAAAAAUCCGACUACUAUUUAUUUCUUUUAAAUGAACAAUUGCUAUGUUUGAUAGUUUGUGUCACGAAAAGUAUGUGCGUCGAAAAAUGUGUCCAGAACAUUAGAUUGUUGGAUUUAAAUUCUCCACAGGCCAUUUUGAACAUUCUUGUAUUUAUUAAUUUUGAUAAUAAGUCGUAAAAACAUUGUCUGUAAAUCCCAAUCAAGAAUUGCUACGUACAUUAAAACCCGGUGUUAUAUUUAUAUUUUUUUAUGUGUAUUUUA